GAUGUCAUUUGUCAUUCAUGAAGAAUCAAAAACUUGGUUUAGCAUUGAAUCUAUAAAUUUUCAUAUAAAAAUCUGAUGCUAUUUUAAUAUAAUAAUAUGCUUUAAUAUGGUUAUGCGAACAGUUUUUCCAUAAAAGUAAAACUAAUUUCCUUGGUAUUUUAUUUGAGUACCAUGUGUGUUUUAUGCAAUAACAUUUUACAUACCCACGUCACUAGAACGAGUAAAUUUUAGUUUUCAAGACUUAAAAGAUUAGCGCCGUAUGAGAUACAGUUUAAAUUAAUAAUGGGUGAUUUGUAUUUUGCUGUAGUUUGUUCAUCAAAUAUGAAUAGAAGUAUGGAAGCCCACGCAUUUCUUGCGAAAAAGGGCUUCAAAGUAAAAUCAUUUGGAACUGGUGAAAAAGUUAAGUUGCCUGGAACCUCUGCAGAUCGACCUAAUUGUUAUGAAUUCGGUGUACCUUAUGAUGAUAUUUAUAAUGAUUUAUUGGAAAAAGAUAAGACUUAUUAUACACAAAAUGGAUUAUUGCAUAUGCUUGAUCGAAACCGACGCAUAAAACCUAGUCCUGAAAGAUUUCAAGCAUCAACUGAAACAUUUGAUGUUAUAAUUACUUGUGAAGAAAGAGUAUAUGACCAAGUUAUAGAGUGGUUUGUUUCGAGAAGGUCAGUUUGCAAUCAGCCAGUACACAUAGUUAACAUUGAUAUUCAAGACAAUCAUGAGGAAGCAACUAUAGGUGCCUUUCUUAUCAGUGAUAUGGUUACGAAAAUGUCUCAAAGUGAUGAUUUGGAUAAUGAUAUUGAUGAGCUGUUGCAUGACUUUGAAUCCAAGUGUCAAAGACCAAUUUUGAACAGCAUUAUGUUUUAUUGACAUAAUUUGGUAAUUGAUAGGAAGCAUUAAGUUCCAAUUAAAGAAUGACGAUUUUCACAUGAAUAAAUGAAAUGAAUAUCUUAUUUGGCAAAUAAGUGUAUAUAUAUAUUUUUUUUAACUGGAUGUUAUUUCAAACAUGCAAAAAGAAUGCAAUGAUGAAGUUCUUUGCAAAGGAUGAAUGCCGAGGCCAGUGUUGACUAUAAUAAAUUGACUACCCAAUUAA